AAAGGAAGAAGCUUGCAUUAAUUUUUCCACUGUUUUAUAUCAAAAGUUGUUAUUGGGCACAAAAUACAAGUUAACCGGCUAAAAUUUUGCUUCCUUCUUGGUAAAUAAAAAAUAAAAAUUUUAUCAAAAUGUCGGAUGCAAAAGCUGGACGAUCUGGUCCCACCACAUCCACUUAUGCACUUAUACCAAAGCCGGCCAAUUUACAGUGUAUGGAUUUGCAGGAAUAUUUGCGCACGAGAACGGCAGAAACAUUGGAGAAACUGUAUAAUUAUCCUACAAUUUGUUUAGCCGUAUACAGGGAACUUCCAGAAAUCGCACGACAAUUUGUAAUACGUAUACUUUUUGUGGAACAGCCAGUGCCGCAGGCCGUGGUCGCAUCUUGGGGUUCACAGCAUUACGCAAAGGAGCAAGCCGCAUCUACAGCAUGUCUUACAGAACUCAACGUUUGGCGAGUAACUGCAAUACCUGGUGGAUUAUCAGCUUGGGAACUUUGUCCGACUUUCAAAAAGAAUUUGAAAAUAGCUUUGCUGGGUGGGGGUAAACCAUGGUCGAUGUCCCAUACCCUGGAGAAAGACUCAAAACCACGUGAUAUAGCCUUUCUAGACACUUACGCCAUGGCACGUUGGCGUUGUGUCCUUCAUUAUAUGGUAGGCACAGGCAGUUCAAACAAGGCACAAGACAGUGAAGGUAUUAGUCCGGAUGCAGUACGCAUACUCCUACAUGCUAAUCUCAUGAAACGCGAUGAACGUGAUGGCAUUACUAUUACACGCCAAGGAUUUCAAUUUUUGCUACUUGACACACAAUCACAGGUAUGGCACUUUAUGUUGCAAUACCUGGACACCUGCGAAGAACGUGGCCUCUCUUUGCCUGAUUGUCUUUCAAUGUUAUUUCAAUUGAGUUUCUCCACAUUAGGGCGAGACUACAGUUCGGAAGGUAUGAGUCCAAAAAUGCUAACCUUUCUACAACAUCUACGAGAAUUUGGACUUGUAUUUCAACGUAAACGUAAAGAGGGACGUUUCUAUCCAACGCGGCUGGCACUAAACGUGACUAACAAACACGCAGCUGUACCAGCAGUAAUAGCUGAGGAUGACAAAGCGCAGGAGAGUGGUUAUAUUGUGGUAGAAACAAAUUACCGUGUAUAUGCUUACACAGACUCCCCGCUCCAAGUAGCCGUUCUAGGCCUGUUUACCGAACUUCUAUAUCGUUUCCCCAAUUUAGUGGUCGGUGUACUGACACGCGACUCCGUGCGCCAAGCGCUACGCGGCGGUAUCACUGCAGAUCAAAUAGUUAGUUAUUUGGAACAGUAUUCUCAUCCGAACAUGAAAAUAACUGAGUCGGCAAUUAAAUCUAAAUCUCCACUACCACCAACCGUUGUGGACCAAAUUAAAUUAUGGGAACUUGAACGUAAUCGUUUCACCUAUACUGAAGGUGUGGUUUAUAACCAAUUUUUAUCACAAGCUGACUUUGUAACGCUGCGUGACUAUGCGCAAUCCAUUAAUGUGCUGGUACACAUGAAUGAGCGUACACGCACAAUGGUUGUCACCAAAAAUGGACACGAUGAUGUAAAACGCUUCUGGAAACGAUAUUCAAAGAGUGGCGGAUAAUUUUUGCUAAGUUAAGUAAAUAACAUCUCCUACGAUUACGUAUUUUGAAAGAGCUUGCAAAGUUUUUAUAAGUAUAGUAAAUAAUGUUUAAUAAAAAUACGUACAUGAGUGCUUAAUAUUACAAA